AGUCAGAUUUCGUGGUUUCGUGGAUGAAGACGUAUACUGUUAUCGUAGUGUUUUUCUAUAAGACAGUUGUGUUUUUUUACUGUUUCUUGCUUGUUUCAUUGAAGAAAGUAUAUACGGGUGUUUGACAAUUAAAUUUGUUGCUUUAACCAAAACAUUUCGUGGUUUAAUAUUUAUUAUGUCCGAAGAAAGUAAGAUGUUAAGACCAGGGCAGCUUGCAUUACAAAAUAUGAAAUUACUGCAAUCAGAGAGCAAUGUUUUUAAAAUCCCUAAAGUGCCUGUGAAGAAAAUAAGUGCAAAAAAAGCUCAAGUUCUAAAUGAGGAUGAAUAUGUUGAGGGUAUUGCAAAAAUCAUACAAAGAGAUUUUUUUCCUGAUCUUGAGAAGCUUAAUGUACAAAACGAGUUUUUAGAAGCGACAGAAAACAAAGACUAUACUAGACUUGCUGAGAUCACAAGGAAAUACAGUGGAACUCGCCCACCAACAGAACCAUAUAAUUCACCUGCUACUUUUGAUACACCAAACAUAGACCGACCUUAUUCACCGGCAGCUGCCACAAUAAGAGAACAUACACCAACUCUUGGACAAAAUAUAGGAAUUGAGAAGACAAAAGAUAUUACUGAUAACCAUUCUCUAGAUUCAUUUCUAUCUAGUCACACCAGUGAAGACAAUGCAAGUUAUGACAGAGUUAUAGCUUUAGAAGACAAAAAGCGUGCCACAAAACUUGCAUCUCAACUACAGUCUGAAGUGACUUCAUUGGCCUUGGUUGAAGCUGCCAAAGUACUACCCUCUAUUGAACAACAAGCAGACCAGACAAAGAGACCACAUGAAUUGGACACGUGGCGUUACAAAGCGAAGAAUUACAUAAUGUAUGUACCUGAUGGUGCGGAAAGCCAACUACCAACCCCUAAGCCUGAACUAAUACAUCACAACACGCGUCUGCGUGCUGAACCGUUCGACCAUGUAAAGAACAAGGAAGCCAUCAGUGCCAUUGCCAGGACCCAGGACGCUAGCGUGACCGGAAAGAUCGGCGUGGACGGCGUGAGCAUAUCGUCCGAGAAGAGUGGGGAAUACGAGUAUCUGUCGACGCCAUCACCUCGUCCCGGCGAUGGAGCGGAUGCGCUCAUGACUUGGGGACACAUCGAGGGCACUCCCUUCAGAUUAGACGGCGGCGAUACACCGCUACCUGCCGUGGGGGCCGGUGCCGCGUACCGCAUGUUGGAGGCGGGCGCGCGCGAGCGUCUGGCGCUGCAGCUGGCGGAGAGGGCAGCGCGCCGACGCCGCCCCCGCCCCACCACCCCCUGCCUCACACCACGCACACCAGUUUUCAGAAGCAACACCGAAAGACUAGCCAGCAUGUCGCCGGCAGCACGAAGACUCGCCACAAAACAUCUGCUUUCCCCUCGAUUGAAAUUAACACCUAACGACAUGGGCAUCCUUUCUCACAACACCCCCAAACGUGUGCAAACACCUAGGUCUUCUAUAAUCGCAACAUCUAAGCCUUCCACACCUAGAACUACUGAAAACGCCACAAACAAUAUCACCGACAACUUGUUACAAAUCAAUGUCGCUAAAAGAACAAGACUAAAGGCCCAAGAUUUCUUUAGUGUUUAAUAAACAAUUUUUAAGUC